AUGAAAGCCUGGAAUAUGUUAUUUAAUGUAAAUGACAAACGAAUACCACAUUCUGAACUGAUCGAUGAAUCUUACGAAAUUUCAACGUCCUUGGCAGAAGCAGCUGGUCUGGACUACCAAGCCGAACCUAGCAGAAGCUCGCCUAACGGAAAAGACGUCAAUCGACUUACAGGACAUUUUCUGGAGCUGAUUCCCGCAAUAUCGGCAAAAAAGCCGUACAAAAUGUUUAAUGUUUAUGCAGACGUCGCCACAGUGAUAACCGCGUUCCGUGUUCGUGACCUUCCAAAAACUUCUCAUGAGGGUGUUUCAGAGUUCAGAAAAAAGCAAAAAUGUGAAAAUUGUGAUGUGAAUAAACUUGACACCAAUCGAAAUUCGCCCGUGCAUAAAACCGAAAGUGAUAACAAAGAAAAUAAACAAUAUCUCGACGAUAAGAUCGAAAAAACAAAACGAUUACGUGAUGAAACCGAUGAUGAUAGUGACGAAGAUGAUGAUGAAGGCAAUGAAAAUUUAAUUUAUCUUAAGCAACUUGCAUCAAAAUGGCAAGAUAAACAAAAAGCUUCCGGAAUAUUUGAUGAAAUAGAAACUAAACCGAGUACAAGUAAGAAAAAAGUCAAUAUUGCUAGUUCACCUAAUAUACAAACUAAUGAAAUUAGAAAGGAUAAUAUAGAUAGUAAUGGUAAUAGUGAAAAUGAUCGUGACCACGAUAGACGCGAUCAACAAAAGAAAGUAAGAGUAGUCAAGAAGACAAAAGAGAUCUCGAAGGACAUUCAGUUAAAAACAUUAAAACGCUCAAAGGUGGAUGACGAAGACAGUGAUGAUGAGGAUGAUGAAGAUGAUGAAAAUGAUAAUAGGCUUAAUCAUAACAAAAGAAAUGAAACAAAUAUAGAAAAACCUUUUUUUAAUCCUGAAAAAAUGAACAUAAAUUCAAAACCCUUAAAAAUUGACAAAACAAUUAUAAAAGAAAAGAUCUCUAAAAUCAAAGAAAUAGAUGCUAAAGAAGUUAUCAAACCUAAUGAAAAUGUAAAAAUGCAGCAAACACCAAUAAAAACUGCUCAUAAGAAUAUCCUGAAAAAAGAAAAUGAGCCUAAAGACAAAAACAUCGAAAAAAUACUAGAUAUACCUUCCGCAAACGUACAAGAUGAAAUUAAAUUAGAUAAGGUCCUAAGAAGUGACGUUAAGAAACCGAACGAAAAACUGCCAAUUGAAAUCAUCGCCAAAGAUAAACUCGAAAUUAAAAAAGUCGAUGAAGUAUUAAAAAUAACAACAAUAUCUAAAGGCGUCAAAGAGCAAAGGCAAGAAAGUAACUUUAAUGGAAGUCGAGAAGAAAAUCGUUUAAAGCAACUUACGAAUGCUUUAUUCAGACGAAACUUGCUAAAAAGUGAAUUUGAGGAUUUCUAUGCGUUCUUUCCUACUUUUGCUCCGAACUUUACUCGCGUUCAGAAUCCGGAAUGCAGGCGUCACGGGCAAAUACUUCUAAGACAACUACGUGGUUCAAAGUUAUGGGCGUUAAACAUGCUCGACGCAACUGGCAAGGUUCCCUCGGGAAUACUUCAAGGUAAUGGUAUCCAACUGGGUAACUUCGACCAGUGUUUAGGAAGUCGAGCUCGUGUUCAACUGGAUACCGGAAGUGUCGUCAGAGUGCAAGGAAAAUACUGUCUCGCUCGAAUCGACCUUAAAGCUGAGCACCCCGAUUUGGAGAUACCGGUGCAUUUGGCGCAAGCUAAGAACUUAAUCAAGAGUCGAAUCGAUGAUCCAGGUCACUUUGUGCCACGUUUCUCGACACUAAGUUGGGGAGUCUGCGUACCUUCGCCGUGCAGUCCUGAGGAUGUUGAGGGCAUUGUAAGAGAUGCCAUCAAGCAUUAUCAGUAUAGUAGUGGAGUAUCUAUAAGAGUUAGAAUCGAUCAUCGGGAUUGUCAAAUGCAAAAUAAACAGGCUUGGUGGGAAGAGUGGUCGGGAAUCCCGACCCUUUUGACAUUGUCGAUAUAUGGUGUCGUCAUUUUGUUAGUGUUGAUAGCUACCGCUCAAGACUUUGUCGCUAAAAGAAAAGUGGAGGAAAGUAAAACAAACACAACAAAAGAAAAGGCAGGAUAUAAUAAAAAUAAUACGGAAAAUGAAGAAAAAUCUGCAGAAGAUAAACAAAGUCCAGAUGGAAACAUAAUAAGUGCAUUCUCACUUUAUCGUACGGUUAAAAAGCUAGUUGCUCCAGCAACAUCGGACGAGAUCUCUUGCAUACACGGAGUUCGUGCGAUUGCUACUGUCGCGCUGUUGGUGGCUCAUAAGUUUCUGCCUGUUGCUGUUACGCCAUACACGAACAGGGUGAAGAUAAGCGAGGUUGUGAGCUCACCACUAUGGUCAUGGUGCCGCGCGGGCUGGAUAUUCACUGACUGUUUUUUACUUCUUAGCGGGACACUCACGGCGCAUCGAAUAUCAAGUGACAACGAUUCCGGAGCAUUUAAAAGGAUCUUCUCCAGAUAUCUUAGGUUAACCCCCGCAUUGCUUGCUGUGCUGCUAUUCUAUGCAUACGUUUGGGACAAAGUAUCUAUCGGACCAAUGUGGGGAGCGCUUGUAACGAAAAAUGUGGAGGUGUGUCAAGAAGGCUGGUGGUGGAAUGUUUUGUACUUGCAGAAUUACUUCGGAUUUGAAAAUAUGUGCGCCCCUCAGACCCAUCAGCUGGCUUUGGACAUGCAGCUGUCUAUUUUAGCGGGUUUUGUCGUUUGGGCAAUGCAGUCAGAUUUGCCCAUGUUAAGAGCACUUGUACCGACACUGCAUGUGUGGACCGCUUUCUCAAGGUAUAAGACAGCCAAAGAACAUCGGCUUACAAUGCUGGCUUAUCACGGUGUCAGCGUAAGCCAACUGUACAGAACGGCGAGGCUGAGCUACACAUCUGUGAUCCACCGCUCCACUUCAUACCUGAUCGGGCUAAGCCUCGGGCUGGCUCUCAAGAACAAUACGUAUCACAGCAGAAUGUUAAUGACGUUUGGCUGGUUCGUCAGCGGCAUUCUAUGGUUUCUGGUAUUAUGGGCUGGCUUUGAUUCUGGUACACAUCAGUAUCGAUACAGUGUAACAUUUGCUGCCCAAUACGCCGCGUUGGCACCGAUUUCGUCGGCUUUGGCAAUCGCAUGGUUAAUAUAUGCAGUGCACAGCGGUCAUUGUGAUUUCCUACAAAAAAUUCUAUGUAGCCGUCCGUUAACUCUUAUAAGUCGUCUUUCUUAUGCCCUUUACCUUUGUCAGUUCAUCGUGUUUCUGACAAAUGCGGCUACAAUUAAGACAUCUAGUGAAUUUAGCUUAAUAUCACUGAUCAAUAUCCAAGAAAUAUCGCUCAUAUUUCUAUCAUCAAUUUUGCUGACAUUGACAUUUGUUAUUCCCAUGCAAUCUCUACCUAAGAUCCUUUUUUUGAUUACGAAUUAUAAAAGCGACAUAAACAAUAAGUUUGGCUCAUAUUUGAAAAAAUCUCAAGACAAACCCGAGUUUCCUCCAACGGUUCGAAACAAACAAACCCUAAUAGCUCACAGAGAAGUCUUAGAAGAAAUACCAGAAGUAGAAAUAGAAUAUGAAAACAGAAGAGAAUCAACUGAUGGAUUAGAUGAAAUCUUAGAAGAGGAAGAAGAUGAUGAAGAAGCUAUUGUUGAAGGUCAGAAUCGCUUAGACGAAGAAGACUUAGAAAUAAUAGAAGAAGAAGGACAGGGUAUAAAUGAAGAUUUUUGGAUAAAUAGACAAGACAAUGCUCAACGAAGAGCUUAUUCUAGAAAUAGUGAUAGGGAUCUUGAUGACUGGGAAGUAACCGGAAACGGAAAUGAUCAAGAUGGUGCUCAAAAUUAUCGAUACUCCUGA